ACAAAGUGGAAGCAACUGGGAACAACAGAAACUCAGCCAUGAAGUGCACAUGCUGAAGCACACAGUGUGCAGAAGUCGCCAACUGUCUGCAAAGUCAAUAGAUAAAGUCUCCAAACUUCAUGUGGCCUACAGAUUAGCACAACAACAGUGCGUAGAGAGCUUCAUCCAAGCCUUACAUCACCAAGUACAAUGCAAAGCGUCGGAUGCAGUGGUGUAAAGCACACCG